AUGGCAACGAAAACUGAUGAUGCUGUGCAAUAUAAUGGUGAAGAUUUAAAAUCUUUUUAUUUCCCAAAUAAAUUUGAUCAUCGAUAAAGUGCUGUUCCAGGAAAUCCUUGUUAUAACUUUAGAUUCAGAAUUUUUAUUUUUUUUACUUACAUUGUUGUUACACAGCUAGGGGAAAUUUUUGGUACUCCAAGUGAUAACAUUAAUGGUGUAUGGGAUUGGGGACACUUAAUGACAACACCAGUCAAUAAAUUAUAUUAAGAACACAGAUGGUUCUCUGCAAUGAUGCAAAUAUCGUCUGCCCUUAUUUUAGAUUUCGCAUUCUUUUAUGUGUCACUCUAUUGGGUUUUAUACGAAAGAAAUUUUAGAUUGUUUGCAGUUCUUAUCUUAUUCUAUGCAAUAAGGGCGGUUCACUUGAAUAUAUUCAAAUUGGAGUAUUCACCCAACUACUAUUGGGAAGACCCAUUGGUGCCAAGCUUAGUUGUAAAAUACGGAAAAUAUUCAGAUUUUUUUUAUUCAGGACAUGUUGGCUUUUUAACUAUUUGUGCUCUUGAAAUGAGAAAAGUAGGAAAAAGUUAUAUGGCACUCUUUUUUUUCAUUUGUUCGAUAUUUUAGGCCUUUAUUGUAAUUUCCUUCGCGAUCCAUUAUACUAUUGAUGUACCAGGAGGGUAUAUUUUUUCGCAUUACUUUUUCAAUAUGGUUUGCUAUUGGGAAGCAAAGAUUGAUUUCAUCCUCAAAAGAAUAGCAAAUUGUUUCUCUAGAACAAAUAAAACAAUUAGAAUUGCUUACGAAAAUGACCCAGAAAAAUAAUAACCAACUGCAAUUUGAACAUUCACAAUGUUUAUAUAAUAUAUUA